AAAGCAUUCAUGCAAAACCCUCAAAAGAGUUUGGGAAUGGGGAAAUCAAAGAGGACGAAAAUGGGGAAAUCAAACAAAGAGGAUCUAAGUCAAUCUCUGAUCCUGCAUCCUAACGCCAUCCAGUUUUUGGAUCAGACAGCCUCUCUUACAGUGGAACAACUUAAAUGGCAACAAGUUAUUCAGAUGUCUGAUCACCUCUCUAAACAAGCCACCAUAGUGGGAAUGCUGUGGAAUGAAGAAUCUCCAAAAGCUGAAUCACUUAAGGAGACAAUUGAGUCUUACUUCAUUUCUCUUCAAGGCUUUUUGCUCUGUUGCCAUAAAAUCGCAGUUGCUGCUGGUCCUACUCUGUCUUCACUCAUACACGUCUCUGUUAAACAAAUCGUCGAUUCUAGUUUCGAAUUGUCAAAGGGUUCUGUCUCCCUUUACGAGGGAACAUAUGAAAAAGACAAGAAACCGUAUAUUCCGAAGCUUACAGCAGUAGUUUUGGAGGCAUGGUUUAAUUUCAAGAAGGUUCCUUCAACAAACCUCAUCGCUAUAGGCAAUGCUAUCUCUCAGGUUGCUGUUAUCAUGAAGGAUGUUCUUAAUAAGAUGAAAGAUGUGAAGCGGCCAGCUUGUCCUUCACGUGAGUGUGAUGAUUUUUCUCCUGAACAGAUAGAGUUUGCUAAACUGGUUGCUGACAUUGUGUCUGAGGCGAUCAUGGUGGUAAUAGUCAUUCGAGUAAUGACUAAGAAGAUUGGGAUGGAGAAUCCAAAGGAGGAUAGCGAAUUUGUGGACUCUCUAGAGAAGGUACUAAAGCUGUGUCAAAGAAGUGGAGUAGAGAUUGAAAAGCUUGGAACUUGCGUUUAUCAUCAACCACCUCUGGAGAUUGACAAAAUGGUUCAAACGGUGAAGAUACUAGGGGAAAAUCUUGAUGAAGUUGAGGCUGAAGUUGAGCAUAAGAAGUGGUCUUCCAACGCCUUUCCGGGAGUUUGCAGAAAGCUGCGAGAUGCGAUCAAACUCAUGGAAGUUGGAAUGGAGAAAAGAAAGGAUCUGAAUCAUAUUAUGAUUGCUCAUCAGAACACCAUCUACAAUACCCUCCAGUUGUUCAAUCCAACAGCGUCUCCUCCUACUCAAGAAAAAGUUGUCCGGUUCACUGUUAUAGAUGUCUGAUCACCUCUCUAAACAAGCAACCAUAGGUGGAUCUCUUCUCUGCAUUGCACUGCUAUUUCUUUCUUUGUUCAGUGUUCUGUUUCCUCUGCAUUUACAAGAGAAACAUGUUGUCCCUUGUAGGUUAAAGACUGCUUCACCUUUUCCCAAGUUCAUAGUCUCUUAUCUUUUUCUUUGAGACUUUAUGUUCAUGACCGUUGCUUGUUAAACCUGACUCUGCUUCUUUAAAGGUUCUGAAAAGAUCUGGUUCACUUUGUA